GUACCGUCACAGUCGGCUCUGACAAGUCGGCGGCACGUAUCCUGUUCUGGUUCCGAUCUUCGCGGCCGUUGUCGAAGAAGAAGAAAAGCCCGCUAGUUUUCGAUUAUUUUAAAUAAGACAGGAGUUCGCUGCCUGAUGUCCCGUCGCAGUCUCCGGGUUCGUGUGCUAGUCCGCAGUUGAUGUCUCCCCGGGAAAAUUGGCUCGCGCCGCAGUUUGAUAAUGAUAAUUAAGUAAUUGAAAGUGAUAAGACUGAGUACUUUUCGUUUAACAGCAUCGAGUGGUUGUUUCUGAUUAAAUAGUUACUGUUCGGCUUGACAGAGUGUCGCAGUGCUUCCGCAAGUCUACAGUGAUUGGAUUUUUUUGUUUGUUGUGUCAGGGAAUUUGAUAAGUUCAUCAUUGAUAGUAGUAUGAUUACGAUGGAGUGCCAGCCAGGGGGUCACGGAGGACACCUGGGGCACUCCAUGAUGUUGGACCCGUCGGGAGGGAUGCAUCAGCAAGAUCAGGACCACAAGAAAAAACCCGGACUUGAAUCCAGUCUUCAUCAUAAACGUUGGUGUGAUGGAAAUUCCACCUGUAACCCUGAAGACGAAUUGGAUGACUCGCACUCCUUUCCACGAGGGCUUAACGGAGACGGAGGAUCGCACGUGGGAUCAUCGUCCAGUGACGGUCACGGUGGCGUCAACCAAUUGGGCGGAGUAUUCGUCAACGGUCGGCCACUUCCGGACGUAGUUCGGCAGCGGAUCGUUGAACUCGCCCACAACGGAGUCCGGCCCUGUGAUAUUUCUAGGCAGCUGAGGGUGUCCCACGGCUGCGUCUCCAAAAUCUUGUCUAGGGACGUGUUUGGUUGCAGGUAUUACGAGACGGGGAGCUUCAAGGCGGGAGUCAUCGGCGGUUCGAAGCCCAAGGUCGCAACGCCUCCCGUGGUAGACGCCAUCGCCAAUUACAAGCGGGAGAAUCCGACGAUGUUCGCCUGGGAGAUCAGGGACCGACUGCUGGCGGAAGGGAUCUGCUCCCAAGACAACGUACCAAGUGUUUCAUCAAUCAACAGGAUCGUGCGAAACAAGGCGGCGGAGAAAGCGAAACACGCACACCAAGUGGCGACGAGCGGAGGCUCGUCGGUCGCGUCAACCGGCGGCUCCGUGUCGGUGAUUGCGCACGCGCCAGCCACCCAAAUGACUGAACCACGAUCUGGCGGCUACAGCAUCAACGGCAUCCUCGGGCUCCAGCACGACCCCAACGGAAAUAGCAUCAAAAGGAAGAGGAUAGACGAUCAUGAUGAGAACAGAGACAUCAACGGCCACCAGGACGAUGACAUGAAAAGGCAGCGGUCUCAGUACAAUGGCGAUCCACUUUACUCGAACCUCUGGUCCAGUAAAUGGACCAUCAAAGAUGAGCACAAACUUUUAUCGGAACUGGGAGGCGCGGGCACGACGACAGGCCAAACGGGAGGCUACUACGACACCCACGGUGGUUUCGUGGGGGGCGCCACCUCCGCGGCGGAUAUCUACGACACCAUCAACACCAUGAGCCAGACUACGUCCCAGAAUCUGUACACGCCUCCCCUCGCAGGCUCAUUGGGGCCCGGAUCGUUGACGCCUCUAGCUCCGAUUACAAUGCACGAGAUGAAAAUUGAAACUACAAGGCUGAUGGACCCUUCCAUGUCGCCCUACCAUUCAGCUGCCGAAACGAACUCUCCAUAUGGCAGCGGGAGCGGCUUGGGGGCGGUCGAGGGCGCUUCCCCCGGCCUACCCCUCGCCCUCCCUGCCGAGCCGCCAUCGAGCCAAGCGGCUGGCUCCCCGGACCCCGCGGCUCUCACCGUACUUCAGCCGAGUAGCGGGCAAGUAGCCGCUCAGCAUUACUCCGCGAUGUUGCCAAGUUUCGCCGGCUACUCUACCGCUGGCACGACGGUGGUUCCGAGCGCCGACUACGCGUACAGUUCGGCGUACAGUCAGUACGGGGCUGCGUACGGUAACUACGGUUACGGCACGCCAUCCAGCGGGUUACUCAAUGCGGCGUAUUACUAUGCGAACAACGACGUGUCUACCGCCAACUCUGUCGCUGGACACCUUUCUACGGAGCAGAGCAGUCGGAGUCCUCUGGCGGCCACUAGAGCCAACUCGUUGGCGUCGGCGAAUUCGCCGACAGAGAGCGGUAGCGCCUGUUUGAAGAGCGAGAACAUUUUCACCCAUGAUCUGAAUUUGGGUUGAUAGAUACAAGAGAGGAGGACGUUGUGACCGCGUCGAAACGAACUUUUUUUUUUCGAAGGUUUUCUAAAUUUUUCUAGCGUCGUACGUGUGUAUAAUUGUGUGUAGAUAAAUACGAUCUAAAGCAUUAGGGCAAUGAAAAGGAAUAUUUUGCGUCUUUUGUUUUUUCAUUUUUUGUAAAAGAGCGACGGUAUUCUCUGUUAAAUAUUUAUUUCUAGCGACCAUUUCAAAUGUGUUUUUUUAUUAUUAUAUAUUUAUCAUAUUUUAUAUAUUUUUUAGCUUUUUAGUACACACCAAAGAAUGUUUUUUUAAGAUUUGUUUUAGCGCACUUACGUCAUAUCGGGGAACAACCCCCAAAAGACACACUAAUAAUGUUUGGAGGUUGUUUCGUUGUAUAGUUAUUUUUUAGACUUUGCAUCAGAAUCACGAACUGUUCGAGUAAUUACAAAUUCCCCGCUAUACCUUCCAAUUCUCCGACGUCCGUUCUCCUAGUCAACGACGUACUAUUUUAAUAUUUAGUUAUUCGCAUUUUUUACCAAAACCUCUAAAAGAAAGCUUUUUUUCCGGUCGUUAUGUAAUGGGCGUUUCACGUUCAGUACCCCAUUAGAAGUUCUGGAAGGCUGAAUAGGUUUCUUCUUUGGCCUUAAUGCGCUCAUAAAAUAUUUACGCACCUGCAGCGUUGCCGGGUCAAUUCAAAACAGACGACAACAUUGGAAAUUCAAUAUAAAUUAGUACAUUUUCCGAUUUUGCGCAAAAUUCUGUUAACAUUUCCCUUUCACUUUUUUUUGUAGGAAAACAUCUCUUUAUUAAAGCCUACCAUUUUUUGCGUUAGUGAGCUGGCUAUUUCAAAAUUUGACAGGGAUUAACUAAUUCAUUUCUUAGAAUAACUAAUGCGUGACUUUGAUGAUAAGUCAUACAGGGUGUCCCAAAAAUUUACAUUUGCAAAAAAAGAUUAGUAACCGCAAAAAAAUAUUUUUUUAAAAGCAAGAAGUUCAAUAAUUUAUCUACAGAACCUAAGUAUAUUGUCCCUCCUUUCAAAAAUUGUAAAAAAAAAUCCUCAUAAAUUAUUUACCAAGGUAGGUUGUGCCUCGCUUAUCUCUUAAGUCGUCUUCAAAAGAAUUCAAUAAAGCACGAGAAACAACCCUUUCAAAAAAAUGGAAAAUGCUAAUGUUGAAUAUUCAUUUGCAUUUGCAUAUUAAUUGACACUUUUUGACGUUCGUAUUGAGUGCCACAAAGUUAUCAGCAGAACCUUUAUGAGUCUAUACUCAACAUAUUUGGAGAUUUUGUAAAUAAAUUAUUGAACUUCUUAUCUUCAUUUACUGUUACUAAUAAAUUGUUUUUAUAAAUUUUAAAUUGUGGGACAAGUUAUAUGACUUAAGAUGAAAGUCAGGGAUUGGCCAUUUAAAGAGAUGUAUUAGUUAAGCGCUUUGAAAUUUGGAAGUAGCUAACUCACUUACUCAAAAAGAUAUUAAAUUUUAAUAAAAGGGUAUUUUCUGCAUAAGAGAAAACAUCCGAAAUAAGGGAAUGAAAUAAGCAUAAGGAAAUGUUAACAAACGCUCAUAACUUCUAACACAAUACUCAAAGUGACUCGCCCUUUAAAGGGUUGUGCGAUGCCAAAUAAAAGUCGCGCCACCCUAUACGAGUAUUUCUUUGCUAUCCUUCCAACCCAAAUAUCCCUCUGUCCUUUUACUUUAAAAUGUGUAAUAAUAUACCAAAGAACAGACUUACCCCCGCGCCCCUUAAGCAAAAUGUUAUUUGUACUUUGGGGGUGGCCGAAAAUAUGAUCCCGAACGGAUGAUAUUUUCGCUACUCCGUAUAUUUGUAUUUAAAAAAUAAUGUGAUAGGCGAAGGCCCCCGAUGAAGUUUCAAUUUUCACUCAUUGUUUUGUCAGAAGGAGAAAAAUCAAAUUGAUAGAUUAUUAUUAUCGGUUCACCAAAAUGAAAUAAAUACCUGUCACAUUCACUCAUAGAUGUAGGAAGUUUAUAUUUAGAGAAAAUAAAAUAAAUUUAAAAGACCCGUCGAUUAAUAUACUUU